GACGACUCUCUCUCUCUCUUCUUCUUCUCUCUCUUUGGAACCAUCCCAGAAAUACUACCACCCCCUAUAAACUUCUCUUGGUCUCUGUGUUGUUGGGUUUCUAUCUCAAAGCUGUGACCUUUUCUGAACUCAAACCUGUCAAGCUCCAAAAGAAGGUUCUAUUCAUCUUGCCAGUCCCUGCAAGCAGCUAAAUAUAUAUUCUUCCCUUGAUUUGCUUCAAUUGUAUCUAAGCCAUGAGUAACCUCAAGUUAGGGGUUGAGGUUGUGGCUGCCCAUGACCUCAUUCCCAAAGAUGGAUCUGCUAGCGCCUUUGUGGAGCUUCAUUUUGAUCAUCAGAGAUUUCGAACCACUGUAAAAGAAAGAGAUCUCAAUCCUGUCUGGAAUGAAACCUUUUACUUCAAUGUUUCUGAUCCGAAUGACCUUUCUAACAUGAGUCUUGAAGCCUGUGUUUACAACCAUGGUAAAGCCAACUCCAAAUCAUGCCUGGGGAAGGUUUGUUUAACUGGGACAUCAUUUGUUCCAUACUCUGAUGCUUGUGUCCUGCACUAUCCUUUGGAAAAGAAAAACCUUUUCUCACGUGCAAAAGGAGAGCUUGGCCUCAAAGUAUUUGUUACUGAUGAUCCAUCUAUUAGAUCCUUAAAUCCACUGCCAGCGAUGGACUCUUCAAUGGAUAGAGGUUCACGCCGCACACAUGGUCAAGCACCCUUGCAACAAGUUCCAAGUGUUGUCCCAAAUCCAUUCUCUGAUGACAGAGCUGAUUCGAGACACACAUUUCGUCACCUUCCAAAUCCUAGUCUAGCACAGCAGCAGAAUAUUCCUUCAGCGGCUAUCCAGCCAUCAGUGAACUAUGGGAUGCAGGAGAUGAGGUCUGAACCACAAGGACCUCAAGUUCGCAUGUACUCAGGUCCAUCAUCUCAACCUUCUGAUUAUAUGCUUAAAGAGACGAGUCCUUUCCUUGGAGGGGGGCAAAUUGUUGGUGGACGGGUUAUACGUAGCAACAAUCCAUCCAGUACCUAUGACCUUGUUGAGAAGAUGCAAUACCUCUUUGUACGAGUUGUGAAAGCUCGCGACCUUCCCACCAUGGAUGUUACAGGAAGCCUUGAUCCAUAUGUUGAAGUAAAAAUAGGGAACUACAAAGGAGUGACAAAGCAUUUUGAGAAGCAGAAGAACCCUGAAUGGAAUGAGGUCUUUGCCUUUGCUAAGGACAAUUUACAAGCUCACACAUUGGAGGUUGUGGUCAAAGACAAGGAUCUCGUGAAAGAUGAUUAUGUUGGGUUUGUGCGCUUUGAUCUCCAUGAAGUUCCUACACGAGUUCCACCUGAUAGUCCAUUGGCUCCAGAAUGGUACAGGAUUGAAAACAAGAAAGGGGAGAAGAGGAAUGGGGAACUAAUGCUUGCUGUAUGGUAUGGCACACAAGCUGAUGAAGCUUUUCCAGAUGCAUGGCACUCUGAUGCAAUUGGUCCGGAUGAUAAUUCUUCAGCUAGUUAUGCGCAUUCACGCUCAAAAGUUUACCAUUCACCAAGAUUAUGGUAUGUCCGGGUAAAUGUAAUUGAGGCACAAGACUUGAUUAUAUCUGAGAGGUCUCGGUUCCCAGAUGCAUAUGCAAAAGUACAGAUCGGUAAUCAGGUCCUAAAGACAAAAACAGUUCAAAGUCGAGUUCUGAACCCAAUGUGGAAUGAGGACUUGAUGUUUGUUGCUGCCGAACCAUUUGAUGACCAUCUGAUUAUUUCAAUUGAAGAUCGAGUUGGUCCCAACAAAGAUGAGACCUUAGGAAGGGUUGCCAUACCAUUGAACACUGUUGAGAGGCGAGCCGAUGAUCGAAAUAUCCGUGGGAGGUGGUAUAACCUUGAAAAACAUAUGUCAGAUGCCCUGGAGCUGGAGGGUGAGCAGCGGAAGAAAGAUAAAGAAAAAGAUAAGUUCUCUAGCAGAAUCCAUCUUCGGGUUUGUCUUGAUGGAGGUUAUCAUGUGCUUGAUGAGUCUACUCACUAUAGUAGUGACCUUCGACCAACAGCUAAGCCGCUCUGGAAGCCAUCUAUUGGAGUCUUGGAGCUCGGAAUUUUAAAUGCUGAUGGUCUGCACCCAAUGAAAACAAGGGAUGGGAAGGGCACAGCAGAUACAUAUUGCGUAGCAAAGUAUGGGCACAAAUGGGUUCGCACUCGAACCAUAAAUAACAGUCUAAGCCCAAAGUACAAUGAGCAGUACACUUGGGAGGUAUUUGAUCCUGCAACUGUUCUCACAGUGGGGGUUUUCGAUAACACUCAGAUUCUUGGUAGUUCAAAUGGUCACAGAGAUGUGAAGAUUGGCAAGGUCAGGAUUCGUAUGUCUACCCUUGAGACUGGUCGCGUCUACACACACUCUUAUCCACUACUAGUCCUUCACCCUUCAGGUGUCAAGAAGAUGGGUGAAUUGCAUCUUGCAAUAAGAUUUUCAUGCACAUCACUGGUCAACAUGAUGUUCAAAUACUCUAGGCCUCUUUUGCCGAAGAUGCACUAUGUAAGGCCAUUGACUGUGAUGCAGCAAGACAUGUUACGUCACCAAGCUGUCAACAUAGUUGCAGCUCGGCUUAGUCGGGCAGAACCGCCACUCAGGAAGGAAGUGGUGGAAUACAUGUCUGAUGCAGACUCUCAUCUUUGGAGCAUGAGGCGAAGCAAGGCAAACUUUUUCAGACUGAUGACCGUUUUUGCAGGAUUGUUUGCUGUUGGAAAAUGGUUUGGAGAAGUAUGCAUGUGGAGAAACCCCAUCACAACAGCACUUGUACAUGUUCUCUUUGUGAUGCUUGUGUGCUUUCCUGAACUGAUCUUGCCAACUGUGUUCCUCUACAUGUGUCUGAUCGGCAUUUGGAACUUCCGUUAUCGCCCAAGGUACCCUCCUCACAUGAACACAAGGAUCUCAUAUGCAGAUGCCGUGCACCCAGAUGAGCUUGAUGAAGAAUUUGACACAUUUCCAACGACUCGGGGUACAGAUAUAGUUCGGAUGAGGUAUGAUCGCUUAAGGAGUGUUGCAGGAAGAAUUCAAACUGUUGUGGGUGAUGUUGCAACUCAAGGGGAACGGAUUCAGUCACUACUCAGCUGGCGGGAUCCUCGUGCCACUAUGCUGUUCAUCACAUUCUGUCUUGUGGCUGCUAUUGUGUUAUAUGUGACACCCUUCCAGGUUUUGGUUCUUUUAGGUGGGUUUUACUUCCUGAGGCACCCCAGGUUUAGGCAUAAGAUGCCAUCAGCCCCAGUCAACUUUUUCCGAAGGCUGCCAGCAAGGACAGAUAGUAUGUUGUAGAUGGCCUACUAAGAUGUUGCUACAUUUUCCCCUGCUGGUUUAUCAAUUUCGGAUAGUCCUGGCAGUGGCAGUGCUUGUAGAUCUUUCGGGUGUAUCGGCUGCUCUUUUUAUUGUGUAUUUCGAUCAUGAAAUACAUAUGUAUGCAAACUGUAGAAUUAAAAUUAGUGCUUUUGAAGUCUGUAUGUGAAGUAUUUAUCAAUUGAAUGCCAGUAUUUGUUACAUGUC